AAUUGGCGAUUGCGCUUAGCUGCACUCCGGCGACUGGCUCUGCAGCAGGGCGCCGCCCCUAUUCACCCACAAUGGAGACAGAAGAGAUUUACUCGGAAACCGACUCUCACUUUUAGAUUUUACUGGCUAUCUGUCCCAUUUUAUUUGGUAUUAUUUUUUUGCGAUUGUAACUGUAUAUGUAAUCUAAAGUGAUUCGCUAGCUAGCAAUUUGAGAACCAGCUCGCACCGUCAGUUGUUUUCUUGGACUUAACAUUACGUUAGCUAGCUAGCCGGCUAAGUAGCUAAAGAGGAAACUGUUCUGGGCUAUGAGUCUAGCUAGCCAUCCCGGUAGCUAAUCCGUUUUUGUCAUUACAUACCUUUGCUUUUUGAAAGUUGAGGGAAGCCGUUUUGUAUACCUCUAAAUCACGGAAUGACUGAAUACAAGCUCGUUGUGGUGGGCGCUGGAGGCGUGGGGAAGAGUGCGCUGACCAUCCAACUCAUCCAGAACCACUUCGUCGAUGAAUACGACCCCACCAUCGAGGACUCCUACAGAAAGCAGGUGGUCAUCGAUGGAGAGACGUGUCUGCUGGACAUCCUGGACACGGCAGGUCAGGAGGAGUACAGCGCCAUGCGUGACCAGUACAUGAGGACCGGAGAGGGCUUCCUCUGCGUGUUCGCCAUCAACAACACAAAGUCCUUCGAAGACGUGCACCUGUACAGGGAGCAGAUAAACCGGGUGAAGGACAGUGACAGUGUGCCCAUGGUGCUGGUGGGGAAUAAGAGUGACCUGGGCUCGCGCACUGUGGAGAUGCGGCAGGCGCAGGAGCUGGCCCGCAGCUACGGCGUGCCCUUCGUCGAGACGUCCGCCAAGACCCGGCAGGGGGUGGAGGAGGCAUUCUACUCUCUGGUGCGGGAGAUCAGACGGUACAAGGAGACCAAUCGCAGCAACAAGAAGAACAAGAAGAGCUCACAGAGACGCUGCACGCUGCUAUAGCGACGGCACGGCCUGGCCGCAGCCGCCCAGCUCCGCGACACUGCCUCAGCUGAAGCUGUCCCCACCCUGCGCACUACAAUCCCCACAAUCCUCCUCCCCACUCCACCUCGCCCAGACACUGCAGAAACGGCCCCCGUUCCUGUUGAACUCGUCCAUCCCCCACCAUUUAAGUUUAAAAAGCAGUACUGUGUAGAAUAUUCUAAACUUGAGUUCUGUGCGCGUAACUUCACUCUUGGUAACGGGCAUCUGAAGCUCAAAUCCUGGAGGACUACGGUGGGCUCUUUCCAAUAGUUUCUUUUUCACCUCCUGUCUCCGUCUCCUUUGCCUGACCUGGAAAUCGAUGGAGGUCCGCCGUCUUCACCCUGGGAAGUUCCAUCCUGGUGAGCGUUCCUUCUAGGAGCUGGAAGCGUAACUUCUCUUGCGCGGGGAGACGCAGGCGCGUCCUUUGCGGAAGUCUCUCUUCGGAUAAGCGAUCGACCCACGGGUCCGCAUCCCCCCAGCUGCCUCUGCUGACGUGGCCUCCACCAGACAUGUGAAGGAGCGAGGACAUCCCGUUAGCCUAAUUCGUCUGUUUCUCGCUCCCUUUACCUGCCUCCCCGACGGGUGGAGCAGGGGCAAGGAGAAGAGAAAGGAGGUGAAAAAUAAGCCAUUGGAGAGAGCCCAGUGUCUGCUGUUCAUUUUUUUUUUUUUUUUAUGUUCCUGCACUUGAGUGCAGAAUUUAAUGACUGAAUGGCUAAAGAGCCUGGUUCCAGGGUGAUGCCACGAAGCCUGUAGACGCUGUGGCCCUUCUGGACUGCAGUUCACCGGCGAGCAGGUAGAUCUGCAGAUGUCUUCACAACAGGAAUGGAUGAAUUGUAACGCAUGAUAGCAAUGGGCGAAGCAACUGUCAUUGUGGGUUUAGAAUUGGGCAGUUCCUGGGAAGUGGUAGCGAGUGUUGAGCAGUGUUAAAGCGGGUGAUGGGAGGGGGGUAGAAAGAGAAAGGGAUGGGGGGGAUCUGAGAACAAAGGUGCAUGGGAACCCUUUAUAAAAAAUGUUUUUAAAUGUAACAAAAGCUCUAUUCCCUUCCACCUCAAAAGUCAAGUUCCCUUCCGUAUUAAAUGUCUCGUGGACAGUAAUGAUCUCCGUCCUUCUUUUAGAGAAGUAUUACACUUCUGUUGCCUUUGGAGUCGUCAAGAACCUGCUCGCGACGGGCUUCAGUUACCACGGCAACUUCAGUAGCACCAGACUGAGACCCGACCCGGCCUAUUGGGCGAGAGUGGGGGCUCCUGGCCCCGCCCCCCCCAACUGCCCCACGCAUGCUCCCGAAUGUCAGCCACGCUCGUAGAAUUCCCCUGUUAUUCGUCCCGGUUUAAAGAUGUCCGGACCAAACUGUGCUGUCAUUCCCGCACCUGUGAAAGGUGCUUAAGUGUCAAUAAAGUGAAAUUUUGGUUAAA